AUGACCAUCACGUCCCGGCAGACAAUAUUGCCAGCUCGCGCUUUUAAUUCAGCCGACAAAAAUGCAACAAAGCCUCCGCCAAAGGUGUUCCCUGUCCCGGAGCCUCCUUUCAAGGGUUACCAUCCCCCGCAGCCGGACGGAUAUCAGCAGAGCAAAGCUUCCCCCAGCUCGAGCGCUAUAGUCAUCGACAAUGGCGCGCAUACCGUCAAGGUCGGAUGGUCUUUCGACAAGAAUCCCCGAUUCAUCUUCCCUCCCGUGAUGAGCCGCUACCGAGAUCGCAAGCUCAACAAGGCGUGUCAAUUUGUGGGAUACGAUGCCUAUGUGGACGCCACGACUCGCGGUCAAAUGCGAUACGCAUUCGAUCCCGGUACAAGCAUUGUGGGUAACUGGGACGUCAUGGAGGGCGUGCUGGACUAUCUCUUCUUGAAGUUGGGAGUGGACGGUGAAAACGGAGGAGUGGAUAGACCUAUUGUGAUGACAGAGCCGAUCGCAAACCUGACAUAUCCAAGGCGAAUGAUGAACGAGAUUCUGUUUGAAUGCUACUCCGUCCCGUCCGUUGCUUACGGCAUCGAUUGUCUGUUUUCCUACCGAUAUAACCGCGGAAAGGAUGGCCUGAUUAUUUCGUCCUCUCAUACGUCGACGCACGUCGUGCCGGUUCUCAAUUCUAAGGCUUUGCUUUCGAACUCGUCACGGCUCAACUGGGGUGGUUACCAAUCUUCUGAUUACCUGUUGAAGCUGAUGAAGCUGAAAUAUCCGACUUUCCCUGCCCGCAUGAAUGAGAAUCAGAUGGAGGGCUUGAUACAUAAGCACUGCUAUGUCUCUACAGAGUAUGACCAGGAAGUGAGCCAUUACUUGGACUGGGAUGGUCUGGAGGACCGAGACCAUGUAAUCCAGUACCCCUACACGGAGCACGUCGUUCCAGAGAAAUCGGAGGAGGAGCUCGCGCGCAUCGCGGAGCGCAAGAAGGAGAGUGGACGACGGUUACAAGAACAAGCCGCGAAAAUGCGACUAGAGAAGCUGAUGAAGAAAGAGCAAGAGUUGGAGUACUACAAGGAUCUACAGCGAGGGCUGGCCCAGGAAUCCAAACGAGAAGUCAAGAGAAUACUUGAGGCCGAGGAUCUCAAAGAUGAGGCGCACCUGGAGCGGACGAUCCGAGAUCUAGAGCGUUCGAUCAAACGAGCACGGAAUAAGGAUCUUGGGAUCGAGGAGAAUGAGGAGAACCCUGAAGAGAUGUCGUUCCCUCUCCUCGAUGUCCCCGAUGAGGAGCUCGACGAGGCGGGUCUCAAAGAGAAACGCCAUCAACGACUGAUGAAGUCGAAUCUCGAGGCUCGCCAGCGUGCAAAGGCCGAAAAAGAGCGGGAAAAGGCUCGCAAGGAGGAGGAAGAGCGGCUCGACAACGAACGACGAGAAAAUGACUUUGAAAACUGGCUUGCCGAGAGGAGAGCUGCUCGACAGGCCUUGAUACAAAAGAUCAAAGAGCGUGAAAGGCUGAAGGCCGACCUCGGCAACCGCAAGUCCCUUGCCAGCCAGAUGCGGAUGAAGACACUUGCGAAUCUGGCGUCAGACGGGCCCAAGAAGCGACGGAGGGGAGGCGAUGACGAUACCUUUGGAGCCAACGACGAGGACUGGGGUGUGUAUCGUACUGUUGCCACCGGUGACCAAAGCGACGAGGAGGAGGAAGAGGACCUCACCAACGCGCUC